AUGUUUGACACUCACCCGUCGCCUCCGCGCUCUCUCUCCCGUCGCCUUCGCGCUCUCUCACCCGUCGCCUCCGCGCUCUCUCUCCCGUCGCCUUCGCGCUCUCUCCCGUCGCCUAACGCGCUCUCUCUCCCGUUGCCUCCGCACUCUCUCUCCCGUCGCCUUUGCGCUCUCUCUCCCGUCGCCUUUGCGCUCUCUCUCCCGUUGCCUUUGCGCUCUCUCUCCCAUCGCCUUCGCGCUCUCUCUCCCCUCGUCUUUGCACAAUCUCCCCUCCCAUCCCGUCCACUUCAUCUCCUAUCGCUCACGUCCUCCCCUCCCAUCGGCAUCGCGCUCACGUUCCCCCCUUCCCUGGCCAUCGCGCUCACGUUCCCCCCUCCCAUCGGUAUCGCGCUCACGUUCCCCCCUUCCCUGGCCAUCGCGCUCACGUUCCCCCCUCCCCUGGCCAUCGCGCUCAUUUUCCCCCCUCCCCUGGCCAUCGCGCUCACGUUCCCCCCUCCCCUGGCCAUCGCGCUCACGUUCCCCCGUCGACUCGCUAUCUCUCCCGUCGCCUCCUCUCCCCUCCCAUUCCGUCGUUCGCUUCCUUUUCCUUCCCAUCCCGUCGUUCGCUUCCUUUCCCCUCCCAUCCCGUCGUUCGCCUCCUCUCCCCUCCCAUCCCGUCGUUCGCUUCCUUUCCCCUCCCAUCCCGUCGUUCCCCUCCUCUCCCCUCCCAUCCUGUCGUUCGCCUCCUCUCCCCUCCCAUCCCGUCGUUCGCCUCAUCUCCCCUCCCAUCCCGUCGUUCGCCUCCUUUCCUCUCCCAUCCCGUCGUUCGCCUCCUCUCCCCUCCCAUCCCGUCGUUCGCUUCCUUUCCCCUCCCAUCCCGUCGUUCGCCUCCUCUCCCCUCCCAUCGCGUCGUUCGCCUCCUCUCCCCUCCCAUCCCGUCGUUCGCCUCCUCUCCCCUCACAUCCCGUCGUUCGCCUCCUCUCCCCUCCCAUCCCGUCGUUCGCCUCAUCUCCCCUCCCAUCCCGUCGUUCGCUUCCUUUCUCAGUAGCCCUCUCAACGCCAUGGCUCCUGUCCUCUGGGCGCAAGCCGACCGGCCCGCAGCCAGUGGACACUCCUUCGCGUGGCGACACCUCUUACCAGGCCCCCCGUGACGUCCCGACGCGCGGGCGCCGUAACGCCGACCGUGCGGCUUCUUCGCGCAGUCCCGAGGCUACCACGUACGACGAAGACGAGGACGAUGCAGACUACAACGAGGAGGCAUACGGCACGGACGACGACGCGGACUCCGGAGAAGAGCCUGACAAGGGCAUGUCCGACUCCGACGCGGAGAGCGACGACGACGACGCACCGGAAGAAUCGCAGCCCGCAACUCCGCCUGUUCGCCGCGAUCAUGGUAAGGCGGCACCGGGGGACAAGAGCGCCACUGUUGGCGGGGAGCCACAUCGACGCGCGCCAAAGACCCGGGAGCCCAUGCUGGUGAAGCGCAGUGUCUGGUCGCCCACGGAGAGCACGAUUCUCGUGGCCGCCCUCUGGUUCAUGAAGGAUGAGCUGGAGCCGCUUCUGGGGAAGCAGGGAUCCCAGUAUUGGGCCCGCCUCGUGCGCCACAUCGAGACCGAAAAUACCGGAUGGGCCUGCGGCGUUAACGCCGUGCAGAAACAGUGGCGCAACCUCGUCCAAAUGUACAAGCAGCUGCAGAAGGGGGACAAGGCGUCCGGCAACGGGGUGGUGUGUAAGCCGCCAUGGUGGCCGUACAUGGUGUUAUUUCAGAAUAACCGUGCAGUCGCGGCGCCGCACGCCGUCGCCGCCGGUGGUGCCACACACGUGAAUGCGCCGUGCGGUUUCGCGGUGCCGUCGACGUCCGCGCCAUGCACCUCAACGCCCACGUUCACGGCGGAGACGGCUACCAUGGCCGCGGCAAAACUUGUCUCCGACACCAUCAAGGAUUGCCACGCGGAUGCGAUGGCAAAGGUGGAGGGGCUCGUCCGCGCCUGGAUGCAGCAGGACGCCGAGAUUGCACGCGCCCGCAACCAAUCGCCGGCCCCUCCGCCACCAACCGUCAACGGAGCCCCCGCGGAUGCCGCCACACAGCCCGCAUCGGCCGCCGCCGAAGGCGACGACGGAGUCUGGUUCCGCCGCGGUGAUCACGGCGGUGGCGAAGCUACUCCGGACGAGGCCGAGGAAGUGUGGGUUCGCGGCGACGCCGUGUAA